GGGGGCCCGACGGCGCGGGUGCCGCUCGCUCUGCCGUCCGCAACCACCAUCCGCUUCGUGCUGCUCUGCUGCCUGUGGUACAUGUCCUCCGCGAUGUCGUCGAACACGGGCAAGACGAUCCUGAACCAGUUCCGCUACCCCGUCACGCUCACGCUCGUGCAGUUCGGGUUCGUCGCGGGGUAUUGUCUGCUGUUUAUGAGCCCCGUGGUGAGGUUCACGAGGCUGCGCCGGCCGAGCAGGGAGAUUUUGCGGAAUACGCUGCCGAUGGGGAUGUUCCAGGUCGGCGGGCAUAUGUUCUCGAGUAUGGCGAUUUCGCGGAUACCGGUUAGCACGACCCAUACGAUAAAGGCGCUGUCGCCUCUUUUCACGGUUGCUGCGUAUGCGCUCUUGUUUGGAGUGAGCUAUUCGCCGCAGACGUACAUUUCUCUCGUGCCGCUCACGAUAGGCGUGAUGCUCGCCUGCUCCUUCGACGUAUCCGCGUCGAACUGGGUCGGCCUCCUCUGUGCUUUCGGGUCCGCUCUGGUCUUUGUCUCGUCGAAUAUCUUCUUCAAGAAAAUCAUGCCGUCCGGGUCGUCCCAGACAUCGCAUAAGCUGGAUAAGCUGAACCUGCUGCUGUACUCGUCGGGGAUGGCGUUCCUCCUCAUGAUUCCGAUAUGGCUGUGGACGGACCUGCCGGCGCUGAUGGCGCUGGACCAGGAGCACGGUGGCCAGGUGUAUGCUGGCCACCCGAGCAAAGGACACACGGCGCCGCACUCGGUGACGUAUUCCUUCUUCAUGAACGGCACGGUGCACUUUGCGCAGAAUAUCAUUGCGUUCAUUAUUUUGUCGUCGACGUCGCCGGUGACGUACUCCAUUGCGUCCUUGAUCAAGCGGGUGGUCGUGAUCUGCAUCGCGAUCGUGUGGUUCAACCAGUCGGUGCAUCCCAUCCAGGGAAUGGGUAUCAUCCUCACGUUCCUGGGGCUGUGGAUGUACAACAAUGCGAAGGGCUCUGUCGAGAAGGGCGAGAAUAAGAUGCGGAGAGUCGAAGCUGCGAGGGACUUGCAGCUCCCGACGAGCAUACAGGAAGAAAAGGGAAGCGAGCUCGAGGCGCUGACGACCGCUCCGCCUGUGCCGUACGGCAGGAGCAGGGCCCGGACGAUGGCCGCGGCCCCGCCCCAUCACCAGCAAGAGGCGGAGGAACCUGCGUCCGCCAGGAUAACCGGCUUUGCGCCUUCAGCAGGCCAGCUGUCGCAUCACGAGCACCUGCACCUCCCGCCCGCCCACCGCCCGCCACUCAAAAUCGACCCGAGCCGGAUGACGCAGUCGCAGGCGUCGAAGUACAUCGCGGGGCUCAACCUGCCGUCGCCGACCGACUCGUAUCCCUCGCCACCGCCCUCGCUCGACUCGCCACCGCGGAGUCCACCGCUCGGCGGUGGGUUCACGCACCAGCAUCAGAUCUCUGUGCAGUAAGUUAUGGCCUGUUGUACAUAUUGGACCCCUCCCCUGUCCCUCUUUCGGACGAAGUAUAGAGUAUCUAUAUCUACAGCGUCUGCAAGCACAUCGGCGACAAACCAGAACAUCCGUCCUUGCGAGUGCAUUAUCUUAGAACCCGGGACUUGCACGAUUGAUUAUUACUUGAAAUUAUUAUUUUGUAUUUCGUCUGAUGCAGUGUACAUACUUCUUGGUUUGCGGAUCGUAGCAUACCCUAUACAUAUUCGUUGCAUACUCG